AUGGGAGACCUUCGGGCGGCUCCAGAGGAGCCUGCUGCUGAAGCUCAAAGUAAAGCACCCAAGGUGCAAAGUGAAAGAGAAGGUGUCCAAUUGAAGGACUCUAAGACGAAAUCCAGGGUUCGCUUGGUCGAGUGCGGACCUCUUGUGGGUGCUCAGACUCGGCCCAGCGGCCGCGCUGGCACCCACUUGCAGUGGGCAUCAACUCCAACGGGGCAAAGGGUGCGAGUCUUUUCUACAACGGCAAUUGCUCCAAAUCGCCAACGCGACAAGUCACGUGUUGAAAACAAUGUGGGUCUUGCUGAAUUUGGAGAUGCCUGGACCGAAUUCUACAGUUCUGUAGAUGGCCUGCCUGUGGCCAGAGGCUACGACAGAAUUGUGUAUGGAGAUCAUGGUCCUUACGUAGAAUUCUCUGGUCAUCAACUUUGCUGGUCAACCUUCCCAGUCUUUGUGGAAAAACCUGAGAUGAGCUUUUUCGACGAGUACUACACAGUGGAGGGUUCGACGAUGUUGUACGCUCAGAAGCGGACAGUUGUCAACAAACCAAAUCCACCUUCUGGUCCGUGGUCAGCGCAGAACAAUCGGCCCGAAGGCUACGCCAACUACUUAAUUGGCAAAUUCUACCUCGCCUGCGAGCCCAACGUGAUCACGGUGAAUCGGCCCUACUCCAAGAAAAAGCGACGGGGGAAGGCAAAAGAGGGGCAAGAAGCUGGUGAAGUGCCCGAAACUGACAUUGUGGAGGAUGAAUGUCAAUGGUGGGAUGGUCAAGAGGAAAGUGCCUGGACUCAAGAGACUCAAGAGACUCAAGAGUGUCAAGAGCCAUGGCCGCAAGACGUAUCCUGGACACAAGAAGGGCAAGUGCAAUGGCAGCAACAGGAAGAAGUGCAAUGGAUGCAAGAGGGAUGGCGAGAGCAGGAAGGACCUUGGACAGGAGCCGAUGGAGCCGAAUGGUGGAGUGCUUGGCCAACGGCAGAAACGGCAGAAGCCAAUGGCUGUCUUGGAGCCAUUCCAGACUGGCAGUUGCAGCAGUAUGGUCAGUAUGGCUAUUACGCGGAGAGUCAGCAAGAGACGUAUGCAGGUAGCUCCUAUGUUGCCAGCGACGGCGACGCCAGCAGUGUUUUUGCUGGUCCUAGUCCUUCUGAUUUUGAUCACCAUAGCUUCGACUACCACAAAGUGAGCCACGAGUUGAUGAUGACCAGGAAAAGUUUGGAAGAUGCCUUGCCCGCUGUCAUUGAGCAGAGCCACUUUAGGUACUGGACUCAUUGGCUCUCGGUAACGGUGACUGUGGGCAGCCUGCUGGUUGUGGACCUGAUGUUCCUGGAAGAGAAGUGCUCCCGCACAGAUGUGGCCAAUAUUUGCAAUGCUUUCAAAGCCCUCACCUGUGGCUGCGGGUCACAGCGAUGGCGGACGCUUCUUUGCGCGCUCACCGUUCUCAGCCAUGGCACGAUGCCAAAGCUGGCAUCACUGCUCAGAGCGGUUGGUCACGAGCAACGCUGGUGGGAAGCACUGGAGUUGCUAAAGCAUUUGUGGCACCGGAAGGACAGGGACCAAGGUCUACGUGCUGUGGCAUCCUUAUGUCAAAGGGCCUCAGCCUGGCAACAGGCGCUUGCUUUGUGCGGAUGGCACAGUUCGGAGCAUUCCUCCAUCGUGGCAACUUCCUGGGCUUCUGGCAGUCGGUGGGAAGAGGCGUUAUGUGUGCUGGCUGAUGCAGAAACCGCAGCUGCAGCAGUGCAAGCUACAAGCAGAGCUGCCUGCAUAGAGGCUGCGGUGCAUUUGUUGCGCCGCUUGCCUAGUGAUCCAAAGCUAUCUACCAGCUUAGUGGCGGCCUGUGGAAAGGUCUUCGAAUGGCGCUCUGCAUUGCAGGUAUUUGGCCACCUCCAGGAGAACGAUGUUGCAGACGUGAUUGCAUACAAUGCGACCAUGACAGCUUGCGGCAACGCACAUCAAUGGACACAAGUCCUUCAACUGUUUGAAGAACUCACCGCCACUUUCACCGACUCAAAAUGGGAAGCGGAGGAAACCCGGGGAAAUCUCAGAGCUUUCACAGCUGCGAUGGAUGCGUGCAAAUUUGCAAAGAAAUGGGCACUUGCGUUGCUGCUCUUUGAACAGAUAUCUGAACAAGUCGUGCCAGACUUGCCUGCCUUCGGUGCUGUGAUCGCAAACUGUGCUGUGGCUGGACGAUGGAUGCAGGUUCUUUGCCUCCUGGAGAGCAUGGGAAAAUUGAAGAUUGAAGUAGAUGUUGCCCAUCAAACUGCAUUGAUAGAUGCCAUGGCCAAGAAGUCUGAGUGGUCGCGCGCAGUUGCAACUCUGAAUCGGAUCGUUUUGGACGGUGGGCAACACUUUCACGACUUCACUGGCCCAGCGGUUGAAAGCUGCCAGGCAGCAACGCAGUGGGAGGUUGCGCUGCACCUUUGGCAGAUGUUUCCAUCCAUUGCAGCAGGUCAUUGUCUUCUCCUGGCAUUACACCAGGUAAGUCUCGAGUUUUGUUUUCAAAACAUCUACGGUUAUGUUUCUGACAUUUUUCGGGUUUUCUGUCUUAAACAACUAGUGAAAAUAGGUUCAAGUACCUGCAUGUGAAGCAAGGAACCGACCCUGUUGGAAGGCUGGCAAGUCCUCUAAAUCUGGCAGGGUGCUAGAGCACAUCCGGAGCCACUCAACUCCUGUCCAUUUGAUGACCAUGAUGCGCACAGCAGAGCAAUAUUUGCACUCUGAGACUGCAAUGAAAGUGGAGGAAGCUGCCCACAAGUCUCUGUUUGAAAAGGCAGAUGGUGUCUAUGAAGCAAUGGAUGUGGCUGUGUGCAGUACCAUGAUAAAGUCAGGAUGCACAGUUCUAGAACGGGGGCUACUGCGCAGAGUCUUGUACCCCUUGGUUCUGGCACUGGAAGGUCGACUGAAACACGACAUCCAGAGUUCCGAGGCUACUGCAGGUCUUGGAACUUUGCAAACUCGCUACAUCUCUGAAAGGUUCAGAUGGUCCUGGAGUCCGUAAGGCCGUAAGGCAAUUCAGCCAUGGAUACAAUGUACAUCUGACAAAGUGGAACAAUACGAACAAUGUUAAUAACAAUGUUUUCAUGGAUGCCAAACUUGACUGUCGUGGGCCGCGCAAGCGAUCGCGAUUCGCGUUUGGUAAAGGACUGGACGUCGGACUCUCCAGGACUCUUGGAUUGAUGGCAGCGAAACCUCAGUUCAACGGGAGCUCCAAGGUCAGAUACACGGAGAAAAAAAGGUCCAUCUAAGGGGCACAUACUCAGCUUGGCUGUGCCGGUACUUGAAAAAAAACUUGGAUUGUUGUCAUGAUUGCCUGUGGGUCCCUGCUUUAGCUGCCAGCUGGUUCUUGAAAAGAGUACUUUUGAGGUAAGUUUCCUCGGGGCAGGUGUUGCCCUUCCUGGCUUCUCUUCUUGUUACCUCGCUGGACAUAAGUUAUGUCCUUCUCAGAGUCCUUCUACACAUGUGCCCCAAACUCACGCAUGUGUUGGUCGCCAGACCCAUUUCCAUUCCGGCUUGC